AUGGCGGAAAAGCGCAAGCUUCCACCGCGCGCCGGGCGCGAAUCCGCAGCCAAGCGACGAGUUUCCGAAGCCGCGACAGCAACACCCAGAUCAGGAACACCCAAGUCGCAAAAGAAGAAGACGCCCACUCCUCGUGUUCCAUCGCAGCCUCCUGAGCCUGUAGAGACGCCGCUCCCGACGAAGCUGAAGGAUAAUGAAGCCUUGCCGGUGACACGCGCGCAUCAACCAAGCACUCUGUCGGACAAAGAAUAUCAGUCGAUCGCAGACAGUUCGGUCCUCCUUGCAUCCUUGGAACGUUCCAAGAAGAAAUGGCUUAGCGAAGGAAUCCUGGUGCGAUACUACACGAAGCCGAAAAAGACACGACGCGAGCAAAUCGAAAAGAACAACCCCUCGAAGGAUUCCAUGUUAAAGGUUGGACCAUGCGACAUUACGAUUGGACCCCAUCGCUUCGAUGCUAUGAUCUUCACUGUCAAGGAUCCCACGGCUCCGCAGCAGAUUCAGUAUGCACCUCCACAACGACCAAUGGUCCAUUAUGGCCACCCAAACUCCUUCCAACAAUACCAGCCUUAUCAAUCAAAUCAACAACGACGACCUCCUUACCCUCCCACUCCGACCGGCCGACCCGCACAAGGAUACCCAGGAAACCAACAGCCUCUUCAUCAGCAUCGUGGUCCCCAGCAGACUCCACCUCAGAAUGCGCAGCGGCCUCAGGCGCAAAAUGGCCAACCCGGUCAGCCUGCAAAGCCAAGUCCAGAUCCCGUCAUUCAGAUGCUCGCGACCAGGGCGGCGGCCGAUCCUGAACUCAAGGCGUUAAUGCGAGUUGUUGCAUCUAGCCAGGCCACACAGGAACAGUUGCGCGCUUUCCAGGCUCAUAUCGAUGAACUCAAUGCGAUCAUCAAGGCGAGAGAGCAAAGAGAGCAGCAGCAGCAGCAGCAAAAUUCAGCGGGUACACCAGCCCAGUCGCAGGCGACGACGCAACCAUCAUCUCCCGCAUCACAAAACAAGCCUACCCCGGCUCCGCCUAGCUCGCAACAGAAGCCAGUCCAAGAGCAAGCACCCAAGCCGCAAACAGCUAGUCAGGCGCAGACACCAUCGCAGGGGCCUCAGCAACCACCGGCGUCGGAAUCCAAGCCUGCAACACCAGCACCCACCACCGCCACGCCCAAGUCUGUGGCUGAGGGAACACCGCAGAGCGGUACUCAAUCCCAAAGCCAGACCUCUCAGACAGGCGUGCCUAGUGCUGCCCCUCAAGGCGGGUCCGGGGCACCACCGGCAAUCAAGCAAGAGCCAGCUGCGACCGGCUCAAACAAUCCACAGGCUACUCCAGCGAACUCGACCAAUCCAACAGCAUCCACUCCAGCCGUUGUUAAUCCUGCGCCGCCUUCCAACACUGCAGCAGUUACAACGCCGCAGCAGCCAAGCCCGGCUGUCCCAUCUCCUCGACCCGCUUUAACCCAACCGCAACCACCACGACCUGGUACAUCAUUGCCACCAUGGCAGCAGACACCAUACGGAGGGGGCCAGACUCCAAUCCAAUCAAGGCCACCUCCGUACGGCUCGCCGACACCUUACUACCGCCCUCCCGCUCCAGUACCUCAGCCUCCGACUCGCAUUGGAUAUAAGGCGGUUGUUUUCGAGUUUACUUCACCGUUGACUCCUUACGGGAGUAGUACUUCCGGCCAUGCCGGAUCAGGCGAUCGAUAUCUUUUCCCUGAGUACUCAAUCCUCGAAUGGCGUCCAGACGACAACAGUAUCGUUGCCUCUUUCCUUGUUACCCGAAAAGUCGAUCCCAAUACACCUUUUCCCCUCGAAACCGCAACAGAUGCCCCGGCAGCUAAGGGCAAAGGAAAGGGAGCAUCAAAAUCCAAGAAGAAAAAAGCCGACAAGGAUAAUGAAGCACCUGCUACUCCAGGUGCGGGUCAGACUGCCACGGCCGAUACUCCUCUGAAGCAAGAGCCCUCCGAUAAACCCGACAGCAAGCCCGACGGCGAUACUCCUGCCACUCCCAGUCAAGCUACCACCAAAGAAGCGAACUUGAAAGAGUAUUGGCAACCCGUGACUUUCCGCAUCCACGCUGCCAGUCCCAAGAUUCUUGAGCCCCUGAUCCGCGUGGUCAAGCCACCCGAGGAAGUCCGGAAGUACAUGAACGACAUCAUGGACCGGGCUGAGCGUGCUCCGGAUGGAUUUCCGGCCAUUCGCUUGCCUCGCGAAGAGGCGCGUGAGGCGUCCGAGUCCGAAGGUACACCCGCCUCUGGGACCAAUCGAGCCACGUCUCGGAAUCGCAUCUCUCGUGGCAAUGUCAAGAUUGCAGAUGAAGAAUCAGAAGUUGAGAAUGUUGCUCAGGAACCUGUGGAGGAAGAGGAGUUGGUGGACUUCUAUGGUGCACCUGCUUGGCUACCCCCCGGCUCGGCCUUAGAGCUGAAGCCAAAGCCUUUUUACAGUAUGCACUAG